UUGCUCAAACUAAACCUCAAGAAACGUUUUUGGGACUUAUUUCAAGACAGUUGGGCUAAUAAGUAACUCAAAGCAAGCAAAGCAGGUAUUGAUUUUCCGGACAAAAAUUCCGGGCAAAUGCCUGACCUGUUUUUUAUGCAAGGAGCAACGAUGGCGCGUUUAUUUCUGCUCUGUAUACUUCACCUCUUCUUCUGCGUUGGUGUCCAGGAGAGAGUCUACCUAAUCACCGCGCCUAAGCUGCUGCGACUCGACGCCUCGGAGAAGGUGCUGGUGCAGUUGUUCGGUUACGAGCAGGAGCUGACGGUGCAUCUUUACCUCAAGAACACUUUGGCGCCGGAUCAUAAGGAGUAUGCCUCUCAGUCGCUGAAGCUCAACGCCGCGAACAACUAUCAAGCUUCGGCUAGUUUACGGAUAAUGCCCACGGAUUUCCCUAAGGAGGACACGUAUGUUUACCUUCAGGCGGUCUCCUCUGCUUUCUCUGCACAUGAAAAAAUCCCAGUCACUACUGUGAACGGUUUUCUCUUCAUCCAGACUGACAAGCCGCUUUACACACCCGAACAACAGGUACAAGUGCGCGUUUACUCUCUCAACGAGGAGCUGAGGAAAUCUGGACGAGCUGUCACCCUUACGUUCGUGGACCCUGAUGGUAUCAAAGUAGAGAUGAUUGAUAUGACAGACAUCAUUGGAGCAAAACCGCUUCUUCCACCGUUCAAAAUACCUUUAAAACCAACUUUUGGGAUCUGGAAGAUCGUGGCUACUUACGCAGACUCCUUUGAAACGACAGCCACCGCUGAGUUUGAGGUCAAAGAAUAUGUGCUGCCCAGUAUUUUUAUCCACGUUGAGCCCAGAGACAGCUACGUCAGCAAGAUGAACUUUGAGUCUUUCAGAUUGAAGAUUUCAGCAAAGUACGUUCAUGGAACACCAGUUAGUUCUGCGGAUAUUUUCUUGACGUUCGGAUACAGCACACCAGAAGAAACUGUCAUGAUACCAGAGACGUUUAAAAGAUACAUGCUGAACAAUGGGCAGAUAGAGGUCUUCUUAGACAUCAAGUCAGCUUUAUCUUCCAUGCCUGACGGGCCUCAAAGUCUGAGUGCCAUGAAAGAAAACAGUUUUCUUCGGGUGAGAGUUUUGUUGCAAGAGUCAACAGGUGGCAUCUCCCAGGAGGCGGUGAUCUCAAAUGUGAAAUUUGUGGAAACUCCGUUUACAAUGACUCUGAUCUCAACCCCUCCUUUCAUCAAACCGGGUCUACCAUACUCCAUGAGAGUCUUGGUGAAGGAUCCUGUGGGUAAACCAGUGCAAGGUAUGCCAGUCAAGACGAGGGCAACAGUAACCACAGCUGACGGCAGACCAGACACCCUUAAAUUCCUGGGGCACCUGGAUACACUGACAAGCACGAGUGGGAGGGAUGGAAUCGCUUACUUCACCUGUAAUAUACCCGCUAACGUCAAACGAGCUGAAUUUACUUUUGAGAUACAACAUGCUUCUUGGAGUCAGGCUCCACUGAAACUAAAGGCUGAAGCAUACGAGUCCGUCAACCAUCGUUACCUGUACAUCGAUUUACCUGAAUCCUCAGCGUUUGAAGUUGGACAGUACAUUUAUACCAACGUUUUCUUUGAUUUCCGUGACUAUCUUUCUCUAAAGACCUUCAGCUACCAGGUCCUUUCCAGAGGAAAAGUUGUGCAGUUUAAAACAGUUAAAUGGGAUGGUGAAAAGACUCAGAACAUCAACAUUAAGAUCACCCCUGACAUGGUGCCGUCUGCGCGGCUACUGGUGUACUACGUCCUGUACGGGGAGGAAAAAGCUGAGCUGGUGGCGGACUCCACGUGGAUUGAUGUGAAGGCUAAAUGUGUUAACAAUUUAAACGUGGACAUAACAGUUCCCAACCAUGUCUACAAACCCAAAGAUAAAGUCGAAUUAAGAGUGUCAACUCAAAGCAUAGAUUCGCUGGUGGCUUUCUCUGCUGUAGAUACAGCCCUGUACAGCCUGAAAUCUAAUGAAAAAGACCCGCUAAAAAAGGUGCUACAAUAUGUUGAGCGAAGUGACUUGGGUUGUGGAAAAGGAGGAGGCAAAAAUAAUGCUGACGUGUUUGACCGAGUCGGCCUUAUGUUCAUCACCAAUGCAAACGCCAAAACCUCUAGGACAGGAGGCACUUGUUCUGACUUGGUUAGGCCGAAGCGUUCAGUUGACCUGGCGCACAAGUUUGAACAACACGCCAAAAAGUAUAAGGCGUUCAGGAAUUGCUGCUCAGUUGGGACAGUGAGUAACCCGACGCUUGAAUCCUGUGAGCAACGUUCACAGAGACUGACUUAUCCUGCAUAUUUUGAUGUGAAUAGGAAGAAACUGUGUAAGCAGGCUUUCACUGAAUGCUGCAACUUUGCUUUAAAUCACCGGCAACAGAAAACGGAUGAAAUCAUUCUAAGUCGCACAGCAGUGGACUUUCUGCUGGAUGUGACACCAUCUCAGAUUAGGAGCUACUUCCCUGAGAGCUGGUUAUGGGAAGAACACACCAGCAAGUCUGGGUCAGUAAGCAUUACCAAAAUUCUUCCAGACUCACUUACUACAUGGGAGCUGAAAGCUGUUGGGGUGUUCAAUGAAGGGAUCUGUUUGUCAGAAGAAAAGAUUCAGGUGUCCCAGGACAUUAGUGUGGAUGUGCCCUUGCCUUACUCCAUGGUUCGUGGAGAACAAAUUGAGCUUCGGGGUUCAGUAUAUAAUCAGCGCCAUUCAAGCACUCGGUUUAGUGUGACCCUGACAGCAACAGAGGGAGUGUGUGUGUUUCGUGGAUCUCAACCUGGGAAACAUGAAAAGCCACAUGAAAACAUAGAAGGUCGUUCGGUGGCCUUGGUCUCAUUCUAUAUCAUGGCCUUGGAAGCAGGCACUCAUACGCUCACUUUCACUUUAAAAACUGCAUUUGGCACUGAGAGCGUGGUCAAGAAACUGAAAGUGGUGCCAGAGGGAAUUAGAAAGGAAAUACAAAGUGGUGGAAGAAUAGAUCCGAAUGGAGUGUUUGGCACAUCCAUGCGGAAGCUUGAGUUAAAAAAUGUGGUUCCUCCAAACAUUGUGCCCAAGUCAACCGUGGAUCGAAUCCUGACCGUUCAUGGUGAAGUACUGGGAGAGCUUCUGUCAAUAAUAAACAGCCCAGAAGGUUUAAAACAGUUGACUAACCUGCCACGGGGAAGUGCCGAGGUGGAGCUCAUGGGUCUCCUGCCAAUCUACUAUGUCUACCACUACCUAGAAAAAACGGAGAAAUGGGGCAUUCUGGGGAAAGAAGCUGAAGCGAGUGAAAAGGAAUUAAUGAGGAAGAUGCAAGCUGGCAUCACCAGCAUCAUGUCAUUUAAGUUGAAGAAUGAAUAUGCCUUUAGUAUGUGGUCAAACAAGGACAAAUCCGCCAGCACCUGGGUGACGGCUCUCAUGAUCAAGACGCUUGCUGGCAUGCAUGAAUGCCGCGUGCCUUUUGAGUCUAAAGUGCUUACCAACACCAUUCACUGGCUAAUUAAAAAUUGUCAGAAUAAUGAUGGCUCCUUCUCUGAAAAAUCUAAAACUCUUCCACUCAAACUCAUGGGUGCUGGAGCUGAUGUCACUGAAAAGACAGUUUUCCUCACAUCUUUUGUCAUGAUAGGAAUUAAAAAUGCUAUGAAGGUCCCAGGUGUUAACUUACAGGUCUUUAAAAAUGCUGUAGAUCGCGGCGCACAGUACAUCAUCUCUAACUCAAAGAAGAUUAAAAGUUUAUAUGCUAGAGCAAUUGCGUCUUAUGCACUGACACUUGCAGACAUCCAUAGUAUGCCCGGAGUCAGUCUUUAUGAAGAAAUAAAAAAACAGGCUCAAGUUGAUGGGGAACCAGGCACAGUUCGUUUUUGGCAGGAGUCCAAACCAGACAAGGAUUCGUUAAAACCCAGUGAUGUGACAGCCAAGACCGUGGAAACUACUGUUUACGUCCUGCUGAAUGCUUUAACCAGAGGUGAAGUCGCCUAUGCAAAACCCAUCCUGAACUGGUUAACACAAGACCAGAGAUAUGGAGGGGGCGUCCAUUCCACACAGGACAGCAUUCUCACUUUGGAGGCGAUUACCAAGUACAGCAUCUUAGCCAGUCAAGCUACAUUAGACAUGGUUGUUGACAUCGAAUACAAGACUAAAGGUGACAUCAGCAGAAUCAGACUAACUCAACAGAAGCCUGUGCAUAAACCAAUAGAGAUGCUAAAAAAUGAUGAUAUUAUCCUCAAAACCGCAAUGACCACCGGUGUGUCGUUUGCCACUCUGAGGACAGUGUACUAUGCGAUGACAGAAAACAAUAAAAACUGCCGCUUUGACUUAUCAAUCAACGUUUCUAGACAUUUCCUGUAUUCAGAUGAUCCUAUGCUUUUGUCCCAGCGGAUUGUGGCCUGUGCAAAAUACAAGCCACCUCAAAAUUCUGUUGAAACGGAGUCAGGAUUGACUGUGAUGGAAAUUAAUUUGCCCACCGGUGUGACCCCAAUCCAGGAAGAUCUAGACAUGUACCAGAAUGGACUUGAGUCUCGGAUAUCAGACUAUAAAAUCACAGGUGACCAAGUCAUCCUUCAGAUAGAUUCGAUACCGUCAGAAAACUACUGUGUGGGUUUCCGUAUUCAAGAGGAAUUUAAAGUUGGCAUGGCCAGUGCCUCAGUAUUUAGAGUUUAUGAAUUUUAUGCUCCAGAAGAUCAGUGUAUAAAGUUGUACCACAAACAAAGCCGCAGACUGUUACGACUCUGUGAGGGAGACCAGUGCCAUUGCAUGGCAGCGGAAUGCUGCAACUUUAAAUCCACCAUUGAUUCCACAAUCACUGUGGAGCGGCUUAAAAAAGACAUGUGCAAAGAAACCAUGAAAUACGCACUUAAAGUGAUAGUUGAAUCAUCUGAGGCAGCAGGAGAUUUUGUGACCUACAAAGCAAAAGUUGAAGCAGUGCUCAAAAAAGAACAAACAGACGACCUAAAAGCUGAUUCAGAAAUUGAUUUGGUGACAAAGGAGGCUUGCAAUUCAACAAAUUUUGAAGUUGGCAAGCAGUAUCUGAUCAUGACUGCUGAAAGUAUUACGAUAAAAGUGAAUCAUGAUUAUAAGUAUAAGUUUCCUUUGGACUCACAUGCUUGGGUCUACUGGUGGCCAUUUGACUAUGACUGCAGAGAUGACUGCAAACAGUAUGCUAGUGUUUUGGGGGAUUUUCAAUUUUAUUUCUUAUUUUCUGGCUGUUAAAAUUAAAUAAUAAAUUGUACUUUUAAUUUGUAAUUCAUAUGCUCUUCUAUUCCAAGGCAAUAUAAUCGAAAAGAAAUGGCAUUUGAGAAUAAGCAGGAACUUUUAAAUAAAGCUUUUUACCUCAAAAA